GCGGUGGUUUGGAGAAUGAAGCCGUGACAAGAGACAACAGAGACACACAGAGCAGAAACAUGGAGCUUCUCCUCAGCAGCCUGCAACUCGCCUCCCUGUGCGCGCUGUCGUCUUUGAGUGUUUCUUCACAGUUGGUUGUGAUCCAAAGUGGAGAUGUCACAGUUGAAGAAGGAGGCACAGCAAACAUCUCCUGCUGCUGGACAGUCAAGCAUGAAAGCACAAGAGUUAUCUGGAAGGCAAAUAAUCAAGUUAAAAAUGAGAAGCUGAGCGAUGUAUCUUGUUCCUUUCUAACUAUUACAAACAUCACUGAAGAUCACAAAGGUAGAUAUUUUUGCGACGUAACUGUGGAGAUACCCCAUUUAUUGACUGGAUCAGGAAAUGGAACAGACAUCAAGGUUGUAUCUAUAAAUGAGACAAGAAACAGCAAUGGAGACCGUCAAAACAAACAAACAAGCAAAAAACUAAUCAGGAAGUCACACACAUCUCACUGUCCUUUUUGUCCAGGCAGCUCAUUUCUCUUCUCCAUCAUAUUCAGUCUGACUGUGGGAGCAGCAGGUCUUGCCGUGGUCAUCUUCUGCUGUCUGCAGAGCAGACAAGAUGAAACAGACACAGUGACGUACGAGGCGUCGCCUUUUGACUCAGAAACACAAGAGCUGGAUCAGAACAGCUCUGGAGACUUCUCUCAGUGGAUCCUCGUGGUGUGGAUCCUGGUGGUGUGGAUCCUCGUGGUGUGGAUCCUGGUGGUGUGGAUCCUGGUGGUGUGGAUCCUGGUGGUGUAG